AUGUCUGUUUUUUUAUCCCAGGAAAAAGAAAGGCGUCGUCAGCAUUUGAUUCUGUUAAAAACUCUGGAGAACAGAAAGAAACAGGAAGAACGCGAUAAACUUCGUGAAGAGAAGGAGAAAGAGAGAAAACUUUUAGCAGAGCGUCGACUGGUACAGAGACAACAUGAGAUUGAAAUAGCACGACAGUUACAGAGACCUGUAGAAGACAUGGAACUCACUGAUCAUAAGGGUAUAACAAAACUAGGACAGAAGAUAAGCGAUAUAGACAUCACACCAACAUUAUUAUCAGAAGUUUUACGUAUCUUUAUACGAUGUCGGAAUGGAGGGGAGAAUGAGUUAACAAAAUGUUUACUAGAUGAUCCACUUGAAGCUUUAAAUCCUACCUAUAAAGCCAAGAUUCUAGCAUUCCUGUGUGAUGAAUUAGUGUCUAGUCGUACAAUUACUAGUGAAAUUGAACAUAACAUAGAUUCUAUCAACAAUAUGAGAAGAGAUAAAUGGAUUGUGGAAGGAAAACUCAGAAAACUCCGUAUGACACAAGUACGUAAGUUUCAUAAACAGAAUAAUAAAGUAACUGGUGAUGAAGGAGAGAGUACCAAUAUGUCAACUGCUAGUAAACGUAGUGAAGAUGAUAUAGCCAAGUUAGAUGAUCUGGAAGAGAAAGAGAUAGAUAGUGGACAUGAGAGUGAUUCUACAACCGCUACAAAUCAUACUGGUGGAAAUCUUUCUGAGGAGGAAGAUGAUAUUACACUUGAAGAAUGUGAAAAGAAGAUUGAAAAACUCACCAAGCAACAUGGUAACUAUAGAAACAAGGUCAACAAUGCCUCUAUUAAACUGAGAACAGUUCCUUAUGGAGAAGAUAGAUACAAGAGACAAUACUGGGUCCUGCCAUACUGUGGUGGUAUGUAUAUAGAGGGCAUAGAAUCUGCUGAU